AUGAAGUCCUUUAUCACAUCCGGUGACAUUCCAAUUGGAUAUGUGACUCCCAAAUUUCCGUCGCUGUUUUGGCCCAUAAACAACAAAAAAUACACCCUGUCCUACCUGUACUAUAUCACCGAUAUUUGGAAAUACACCGUCUAUUGGACUUUGAUCCUGUUUAUGGCGUUUUACGUCGCAGCAGGACUAUGGGCAAGCUUUUCGCAUAGAAAAACCGCUGGAGGUCUUUGGAUCAUGAUAGUCUACAUCCUUGCCGGUGGAUUUCAAGCGCUUGCUGCGGGAACGGUGUCUGGACUAAUGCUUGCAGUUACUUAUAAAGCCGGACUGUUCGCAAUGUCUACAUGGAUUCCAUUGUGCUUCUCUGUGGUGCUAAUCCUGUUCCACAUCAGCACUACCUACUCCAUGGCGGGUGUUAUUAUAUAA